AGAGUUGCUCUGUUUUCCUCCAUUUCUCGAUUAGGGUUGGGUACUGCGAGGAAGAAGAAGAGGAAGGAGAAGAAAAAUUAAUGAGGGAAUAGCAAAAAUGGGGUUCUCAAUGCAGCCAUACGGGAUUCAGGCUAUGCUGAAAGAAGGGCACAAGCAUCUCUCUGGUCUUGAGGAGGCAGUUCUGAAGAAUAUUGAUGCUUGCAAGGAGCUCUCUGCUAUCACACGCACUUCUCUAGGCCCUAACGGUAUGAAUAAGAUGGUUAUAAAUCAUUUGGACAAGCUGUUUGUCACAAAUGAUGCUGCUAGUAUUGUAAAUGCGCUUGAGGUUCAACGCCCUGCUGCCAAGAUAUUGGUUCUGGCAGGGAAGGCUCAACAGGAAGAAAUUGGUGAUGGUGAUAAUUUGACUGUUUCGUUUUCUGGAGAGCUCCUCCAAAAUGCAGAGGAGCCUAAUUAGGACUGGCCUGCACCCAAGUGAGAUCAUCAGUGGAUAUACCAAAGCUAUAAACAAGGUUUCCUCAA